UGGGACAAUGAUUAAACUGAGCCGAAGGACUCGGUCAGUGCUCUCCUUGGGCCUCAACUCUAUGGCCCUCUGCCUCUCCGUGUCAGCAUUCAGCACCAGCUACUGGUGUGAGGGAACCCACAAGGUGGUGAAGCCCCCCUGCCUCUCGGCCGUCAAGAAAGGUAACUGCGUGCCCAUCGACAGCAAUGAGACGAUGGAUGGGAAUGUGACCGUGGACCCCCAUGUGGUCCAGUACAUCUGGGAGACAGGCGAAGAUAAAUAUGCUUUUCGAUACUUCCACACGGGUUUCUGGCUCUCAUGUGAGGAGCAUCAUGGAGAAGAGAAGUGCCGGAGUUUCAUUGAGCUGCCCCCAGAGUCAGAAAAAGGGGUGCUGUGGCUUUCUGUUGCCUCAGAAUUUCUUUAUAUUAUCCUGUUGAGUGUGGGAUUCUUAUUGAUGUGUUUGGAUGCCGUCUACUAUGCCAACUUCAUUGAUGGACUGAAGAUCAAUGCCUUUGCUGCGGUGAUCACCGUUCUCUCAGGGCUCCUGGGCAUGGUAGCCCAUAUGAUGUACAUGACCGUCUUUCAGGUGGCUGUGAACCUUGGACCAAAAGACUGGAGACCUCAGACAUGGUAUUACGGGUGGUCAUUUGGCAUGGCCUGGCUCUCAUUCACACUUUGCAUGUCGGCGUCUGUGCUAACCCUCAACACCUACACUAAGACCAUCCUGGAAUUCAAGUACCGUCGGCAGAUUUUUGAGAAGCACACAGCGUCGAUGGGGAGCACCAGAGGCCCCAGCUCACCUGCUCUGGCCCCUGACCUUGAACGUUUCCUCUGGGAUAAAUAUAUCUUCAGCGUUAGUGACUCUCUAGACUUCUCCCCUAGCCCACCGGGCCCAAUGGCUCCUGGUGGGGGACACAAGGCCUAUGCGGGGGGUUAUGCUGGGCUUGCAGGGGGUCAUAGUGGGGAUGCUGGCAAUGAAGAUGAUGGGGAACCAUGCUAGAGAGAGGAUGUUGGGUGGAGCAGGAGACCUGCCUUCACAUCACUUCCCUCUCUACCUUCCAUUGGCUCCCUCACCCAUCCAUCCAACCAUUUGCCCCCACAAAUAUGCUCUCCCUCUGCUUAGGCUUUCUGUGGCCGUUUCACAACCUGCAAAACUUUGGUUCUUUGAGGACAUCAUGAUUCUUUGAGGUUCUUUGAGAACAUCAUGAUAACUCUGCAGAUUUUAGGUUGGAUAAAAGGCCUAUAGAUCAGGGCCAUCUCAAACCGUCCGAAGAGGUACUUUUUUGGGGGGGGAGAAUUAUUUUUGUGUGUGUUCCUGCAUAAGCAGCCCUACUUGAGGCAGAGCUUGGAAAAGUUACUUUUUUAAACUACAACUCCCAUCAACCCCAGCCAGCAUGGACACUGGAUUGGGCUGAUGGGAGUUGUAGUUCAAAAAAGUAACUUUUCCAAGCUCUGCUAUGAGGCAAGAGAAGCCAUCCACCUUGUGUGGUGAAUUUUGGGUGGUGGAGUGGGAGACAGAAAGGUCAGUCCUACAGGGCACAAUGUACUAGGAAGGUGUUGUGUAGGAGCCUCACAUGGGAGCUGUGCAAUAAUGCUCUUGUGUUCUUGUGGAGCUCUCAUUCAGUUCACCAAAGCUCACAUAGAACAACAGCUGGGGCUGGCCCAUGAUAUUUCCCUCUGAGGCAAAGGACAAGAAGGUUCCUUCCAUUACACAUACAAAAGCCACCUAUACUGGCACUUGAGUCAUACUUUAAAACAGAGAAAUGGGACAGUGUCCUAUGCUGCACCUCAGGGCAGGCAGGUUUUUGGGGGGCACACACAACUCUGUCCUCUCUUUGACCCUCAGAAUCUGCUGCCUGAGGUGGCUGCCUCACACUGCCUAAUGGCCCUGACAACUCUAGUGCAAAGCUGGAAACGGUGGUCCUCAAGAUGUUGUUGGACCCCAGUGUCUAUCAGCCCCACCAGGGAUAUCAGGGAUGAUGGGAGUUGUAGUCCAGCAACAUCUGGAGGGCCAAAUCCGGAGGGCCAAAUCCUAGUGGAUUUUGUCCCCAUUUUAUUUCAUUAAUACUGUCUGGAUGUUCUACUUCAGGCACCAAAAUGCAUUUGGCUGCUCUUGUAUCCCAGUGUUUUGGUUAAAAGUAUGGCAAAGGAUCAUGGGGCAUACCUCUUGGAUUGUGCACCGCAGUUGCCCAUGGGGAGUGACAGGACAACUUAGUCCAAAGCUACUGUGCAACCUUGAAUUUUCUGGCCCUCUUCUGGAACAUUGUGUGUCUCAGUUCUGUGUUGGUUGUGGCUUGUAGGCUCUCAGCCCAUUGGGAACAGCCACUGUGACAAACUUUUAGCCUUGUUAUUUAGGUGUUGCAGCAUCCAUUUAUGCCAAUAGAAACCAAUAGGUUUGCCUUCUGCUUCUUGCUGCAGUAGAGUUCCCCGUGUAUCCAACAUCAGAUGAUAUACAUGACAGAGGGCUGGGGGCUGCAUCUAUCCAUUUGUCCAAGGCUGCCAACCUGUCUGCAUUUACUUGGGAGUAUAUAAGUCUCUUAUUCCUCAGUAACCCUGUGCAGGACCUGUCUGUAAAUAAGAUUACUAGUCAGCACAGCCAUUGCAAAUCUUCCCUCCUCCAACCCAUGGAUCGUUCAUGAAAGGGAAAUACCCACCCUCCUCUGUUAAAUUGCGUAUUCCUCUCUGCAGAUCCCAACCUCUCCCAAUUGGAGGCUGGUUCAAUUUAUGUGAAACAGAAACUUCUACCCCUCUCUGUUCCAUUGCAUGCACAGCUGGCCUAUUCUCACUGCUAUGAUGAGGAGUUCUGAGCCAGAUUCAUAAAGAUGUCCUCUCUUCAGACUUUUUCUAAUAAUCAAGGCAUCGUGGAGCACAUGAUAUUAAAAUUCAGCUUUAUACCUGUUGUGAAAGUAUCAUAACAAAUUUGAUACCUGCCCUCCAAUCCUGUGAGGGAGCAUGUCAGUGAAUAAGGCAUAAGUGUCUUAUGUAUGUGGUGUGUCUCAUAUAUGGUUGCUUGCGUAGUAGAAUAGGUAUUGCCUUGCCCUGUUUUCCUUAGCAAUGACAUUCUCCAUUUCAACCAGGCAUUGACCUCUCUCUGUUUCCUUUUCAUGGCUCUGGGCUCCUUCUGCAUCCCAGACUGGGCCCGAACGGCAUUCAUGCCCCACUCAACAUUGUCCCAACCUCACAUGCCUUCAUUAAACCCAUUUUCAGCUGUCUUGAUUUAUCUCGUCUACUUUGUCUCAUAUCAUCUUUCCAUC